AAAACAACUGAACCACCAAAACCUCAACCAUUCAAAAAAUGUUGCCAAUUCUUGUGCUGCUAGCUCUGCCCAUAAUCCUCAUUCUUUACUUUCAAAAAUACAAACCAAAACCUGUCCAAAACCUCCUUCCACCAGGGCCUCCUGGGCUCCCUUUCAUCGGCAACUUGCACCAGUUUGAUGCCCAAUAUCCCCAUAAAUAUCUGAAUAACCUUUCCAAGCAAUAUGGCCCCCUCAUGUCCAUGAAGCUCGGAUCCAGGCCUCUUCUGGUGAUUUCCUCAGCAAAUAUACUGAAAGAAAUCAUGAAAUCCCACGACUUAGUUUUUUCAGGCAGGCCUACGCAUGUCGCUAUGCAGAGGCUGUCCUACAACGGCCUGGACAUUGCAUUUUCCUCGUACAACGACCUGUGGAGGGAGAUGAGGAAAGUUUCAAAUCUCCAUCUGUUUAGCCCCAAACAGGUCCAGUUUUUUCGCCCGGUUCGGGAAGACGAAGUUUCCAGGAUGAUCAACAAGAUUUACGGGGAUGCGUCGCUGUCCAGGGUUACUAACCUGAGUGAGAUGAUGAAUACUAUGACGAGCAACACGAUCUGCAGAGUGGCACUGGGCAAGAGCAGCAUGGACGAAGGGUUCGCAAGCCGUUUUUACCAACUUUUCCAUGAUGUUCAGGGCGUGUUGGUGGCAUUCUGUGUGGAGGACUAUUUUCCGUUGCUGGGAUGGAUUGAUAAAAUCUCUGGAAUGCGGAAAAGGCUGGAGAAGAUCUUCAGGGAAUUGGAUUCUUUCUACCAGGAGCUUAUUGAGGAGCACUUGGAUAAAAACAGGCCUAAAGCAAUGGAAGGAGACAUUCUUGAUAUCUUACUUGGGCUGAUGAGAGAUGGAUUGUCUUCCAUUCCUCUUACUGUGGAUCAUGUCAAAGCAGUUAUCAUGAACAUCUUAGUAGGAGGAACUGAUGCAAACGCAGCUAUUACAGUAUGGGCAAUGACAGCCCUAAUGAAGAGUCCAAUCCCAAUGAAGAGAGCGCAGACAGAGAUAAGGAACUUGGGAAAGAAGGAUUUAAUAGAUGAGAAUGAGAUUGCUUCACUUCCCUAUCUAAGGGCAGUCAUAAAGGAAAUCUUCAGACUAUACCCACCGGCUCCACUUUUAGUCCCAAGAGAGACUUUGCAAGAAUGCACCAUAAAUGGCUAUGAAAUUCAGCCGAAAACUUUGGUAUAUAUCAAUGCAUGGGCUAUUGCUAGGGACCCCCAGUUCUGGAACGAUGCAGACGAGUUUGUGCCAGAGAGAUUCUUGGAGAGUGAAAUUGAUGUGAGAGGUCAUGAUCCGGAGGUGAUCCCGUUCGGGAUAGGGCGGAGAGGGUGUCCGGGGAUUUCAAUGGGGAUGGCGACGGUGGAGCUAGCGUUGGCUAAUCUUUUGAAUGCAUUUGACUGGGAAUUGCCUGCCGGAAUGAAAGAAGAAGACCUAGAUUUUGAAGUGUUGCCUGGAAUGACAAUGCAUAAGAAGAAUGCCCUUUGUCUUGUGGCCAAGCCUGUGUAUGGCUAGGGUAGUAGCUACUGUAAUUUAUGUCAAGGUGUGUAUUUUGUAAGAUUUUGCUUGUAAACAGGAGGUGUACUUAUAUUCAAAACUAAAAUCUCUAUGGGUGCACUUGUAUUUUUGUAAAGGACGGGGUUGUUCAUUUAAUUAGAGCUAAUCUCGUAAAGUAUCGACGUAA